UGUUUUGCGUGUUUGAUGUUUUUGAUGUUUAAAGCUGUUUAAUAUGGCGACCGAGUCAGGUAUGGAUACGUGUCCUUCACCUGAAAUGUCUGACUCAAGAAAGCGACCGCUGGACGGUGAUGCUGAAAAUGGAACAACGAAGAGAUCACAUUACGGAGCAAGUGGAGAUGGAUCUUACCAUUUCAAGAUUCUUGUCCCAAGUGUAGCAGCAGGAGCAAUCAUUGGAAAAGGGGGUGAGACCAUAGCACAACUACAGAAUGAUACAGGGGCACGAAUAAAAAUGUCUAAGGCCAAUGACUUUUAUCCAGGUUCGUUUCCAGGGACUUCGGAGAGGAUCUGUCUGAUAACUGGGAAUCUUGAGUCCAUAAUGAAAGUUGUCAAAUUUAUUAUGGACAAAAUCAGAGACAGACCAGAUACCCCUUAUGACAGGUCUGCAGCUGAAGAUGUACAGAUUAAAAUUCUAGUUCCAAACAGCACAGCAGGAAUGGUCAUUGGUAAGGGAGGAAAUUACAUAAAACAGAUAAAGGAAGACAGUGGUUCAUAUGUUCAGUUAUCCCAGAAAGCUAAAGAUCAGAUUCUACAAGAAAGAUGCAUCACAGUUAUUGGUGAUCAUGAAAGUAAUGCAAAAGCUUGCGAAAUGAUACUUAGCAAAAUUGUUGAAGAUCCACUUAGUGGUAGCUGCCUAAAUGUGAGUUAUGCUCAUGCCCUUGGCCCUGUAGCCAAUAACUGUCCAACAGGAUCGCCAUUUGCCAACUUGGGCGGACAGAGAACACCUGCAGGCAGCUUUGGUUCAACAGCUAGUCUUAACUCAUCAGUCACAGGGAGUGGAAUGCUUCUUAAUGGAGGGGGUUCUGGUUUGAACCUCAGUUUGAAUUUGGGUAACCCAGCUGGUGGUCUGGCAAGUGCAACACUUACUGCACAACUCCUGGAACAUAUUAAAGUGACACUACGUGGAAGUGGUUAUUCCGAACAAGCCACAGCUGAAAUUACAGCAGCAAUGAGAACCUUGGCACAGUAUGGCAUCCUUGGAAUGGGUCUGGGAUUAACUGGAGGUGCAAGUUCUCAUCCAUUGGGUGGUCGAGGACUGCAUGCAGCUAAUGGUAUAGGAAACAGCAGUGUGUUUGGUCCAAUAGGUUCAGUAUCUGGAGGAUCAUCCUUGGAUUCUUUCAAUUUGGGUGGAAGCCAGUCUCUUUGCAAGAGUCCUACUCCAUCAGAUUCCAAAGAUGAUGAGAAGAAAAUAGAUCUGGAAAUUCCAGAGAACAUUGUUGGGGCUAUCUUAGGUCCUGGUGGCAGGUCACUGGUAGAAAUACAACAUCUCAGUGGAGCUAACAUCCAGAUAUCCAAGAAGGGAACAUUUGCUCCAGGCACCAACAAUCGCAUCGUCUCUAUAGCUGGCUCAUCUAAUGCCAUUGCAACGGCACAGUAUCUGAUUGAACAACGUAUUGGUGAGGAGGAAGCCAAACGAGCAAGACACAAUUCUUUGAACAUCAUGCAGUGAAAGAGUAACUAAUACCAUAUGUGCAUUUAUUUUUAUUUUCUUUGAUUUUAAGUAUGUUGUUUUACAGAGUGCAAAUGAUUAGCCUUAAGAUUUGCAAUAAAUUAUCAUCACACAUGUCACAAAUCAGUUCAUUAAUAGCAGAAAUAUCCACAUCCUGCUUGCAAAAUCUAAUUCCAUGAUAAAUAUUUUUCGGUUGAAAUUUGCCAUUAGAGUCAGAUAUUUUUUGUUUCUGUUCCAUGGAGCUUAUGCUUCUGUCACUCAUCAUUCUUAUUCUGUCUCUCUUCUUUAUUGUUACACAUAAUUGUCGAUACUAAUUAAAUGAACUUUGUGAUGAAAACUAUUACUCUUCGCUCACUGUUAGUGUGAUAGAAUUUCUGACACGGUAUACUGCAUCACAUCACAUGUGUGACGAGCUCUUCUGAAGUGUCUGCAACUGAUCAUUUGUCCUCAUAUUGCUACACUCAUCAUCAAUAUUACUGAGUUAAAUUUAGAGCCCAAAAGAUGUAUAAUUUAAGAUUAUCUGCAUAUGUAUUUACAAAUGUUGAAACAGUUUCAUCUAAUUAAAUUGUCUUUGAUGUACUGGGACAUAAUAUGUAAGGUCAUGUUUCAUGCUACAUGUACUAGUCUAAUUUGUUAAUGUUCAUCGUCUACUUCCCACAUUCUGUUUCAUGUGUUUACAAUCAUAUAUAUAUAUAGAAACCUAUUCAGAACAUGUGGGUUUGGUAAGUGAUCUUGUCAUCUACAAUAAAUUACCUUGGCAAGUUGCACUGUAAAAGGUGCACAGAACCCAGGGAUCAUUUCACGGUACUUAAUGCUGUGUUUUUAAUUCUCUCCAUCUUAAUAUCCAUAUCUGGUUCCUUCACCUCAUUCCAUCAUACUUCACAGUUUCUUGAUCAUCCAUACGACAUAAACGCAUUUACUUUUUUUCAUAGCAUUGGUGUCAUUUCUCAUGGCAAGUUUUGUUGAAAAUGAAAUAACUGGCAAGGAAGUUCAUAUUAUUUUUAAUAUUUUCAUCUCAUAACCAAGAAGUUUGAUUUCGCAUACGUAAUCAUUGUACAAGAAGCAAGAGGGAUGUGAUUUCUGUAGUUCUUUGAGCAGUCCAUGUACACAGGUUUGUGUCAGUUCACACAAUAUAUGCCUUCAUAUAUUCAUUCAUUAAAAUUGAUUAUAUAUAAGUGGUUUUAAUUAUACAAUUUUAAAGUAAGUUUCCCUUAUAUUUGCUUGAUUGUUAGUGAUGUCACUGGCAGUUAUAAAGUAAAUGGAAAUAUACUUUAUUUAUAACUACUAAAAUAUCAAAUUCUUUGCAGAGUUUGCUGUUAUGAUUGUUAGAUGUCUUUUAUACCACAGUUAUAUACAGUAUGCAUGCAGUGGUACUUAUUUUAUAAUUUUGUGCAUAUACACUUGAUGAAGUGAGUUUGCAGCACAAAGUUUAAUGAAAUCUGAAUUAUUGAAUCCGUAAAUCUGGUUACCCUUUUCAGUAGUCAAGCUAAUAAAUUGAAGAGAUGAAAAGUUGGAACUGAAAUUAUAAAGCUAAAUCUUAUAGAGAAUCUUGUUAUGAUUUUGUCCGUAAUCCAGAAAAGCAAAUUACAGAAAAAUUGUACCCCAAUGGAGUACUCAUUUUUCUAAAUGUGUUCAAAAUGGUGUUCAGUGGGCAACACACAAGGUUGAAUUACACUCGUUACUUCAGUAGAGACAUCCAAAGGAAUAAAAACAUUUCUCCACAUGAUGACAGAACGGUUAGUACUUUUCCAUUUCCCAUGGAAUAGAAACAAGGGCUUAGUGUCUGUGCUCAUUGGCACAUUGCAGCUUUCAUCUAGUCAUCACAUCAAGAAGUAUUUUCCUUUGAAGUGCAUUCUUAGGUGCUCAAAGAGGAGAGAGUCACUACGUGUCACAUGUCCGUUGUAUGGUGGACGGGCACGAUGUUCCCUGCAAAACUGUUCUAGGAGUUGCAUUAUGACACGCUGUAUGGGAUGGGUGUUGUAAUGGAGAAUUAUCAUUUUCUGUUCCGAGAUAGCUAGGACACUUCAAUCACAUGCUUCAGUGUUUUGCUUUACUCGUGGCCCAUGGUCAAGUGGAGGAGAAUGUCCUGUGUAUUCCAGAAUUCUUAAUGACUGCUUCAAGGCUAGAGUUCUUCAGUUGCGUCCCCACUGACAGUGAACCAUGAACUCAUCACUUCACCCCAACAUUAAAAGUAGCACUGAUAGAGUAGAAAUAUGAUAUUUCCUGCAAAAGAAGUUCUGAACAUUACAGUGUGCAAGGAGUGUGUUAAUGCCAUUUUGGGACUUAAGGUAUUCUCCUUUUCUUCCUGGUGUACUGGGCAACUUUGAAUACAGACUGCUACUGCAAGUAAAAUGCUGUGGCUUGCCAAAAGAGAAGGUGAUCAUUCAACCCGAUAGUGUUUUCUCCCACACAGUUCAUAUUCUGGAUUCUUUCAUUACCCAUUCCACCUCUUCUUUGUACCAUUGAGGAAGUAUUUUGAAGGAAAAUACUUCUGAUGUGAAGAUGAGACAGAAGCCAGUAAGUAUUGAUUCAAAAUUCUCAGGUAUCAGGCAGCCAGACGCUUUGAUUUCUAAUGCAACCUGCAGUAAUUUCAAAGAAAAUGUGUCAUUUUUAUAAAGUUACAUCAAAAACAAAAUUGCAGUGCCCAUCACCUGCCAUGUGAUAUCAUCUCAUUGCAGUAUAUCAAAACGUUUCAUCCAUCAAGUUUUCAUCUAGGAAGACGCCCAUGCAAGAACUAAACAGAAAACGUGCAGCUUCAUAUUGGGCUUCUGAAGGAGUUUUUUUUCAUGCCACUAACACACCACCAUUCCACAUGUAUGGCAAAUAACCAGGAACUUUCUAUAAUAGUAAAAGGGUGUGGUGAUAUUACUGCAACUUUGUCUUGGAACAAGCCGUGGAGGAUGUAGCCUUCCUUUAUUCAUUCAAGAUGUAAUACUCUGUAUACUACAGCAGUGAACACCAGGCACUCAGGAGGUAAACACUACAUGGAACAGAUGUUGUAAAUGUGGUGUUGAAUCUGUGCAGUGACAUUGCCAAAAGCAUUCACUGAAAACAUACAGCUUGAUCUUAACUGUUAAGAAUCAUAACUUAUAUAAACACCAUGAAAGGAGCACUUGCAGGCUGGAUUAGUGUUGAUUGUCUAGCUACAAAUGAUGAGCAGAUAGAUGUGGAAACUUCAAGAGAAAAUGAAGGUAGAAGAUCAGGAAUUACACGAUCAUGAAGAUGGCCCCACACAGCAGAUAUGUUUUGUAUGUGUUAUCUGGUCUUCUGGGAUAGUACUUGUACCUAAUCUGUUGUCAUUUUAAGUUGUCAGUGUUGGAGAGGAAAUGUAUCAGGUUUUGAAGUUAAGGCUGGUAAUAACUGUCAUAGGUUGUAAAUAUGGGAUAAACUUCUAUAUGUGAUGUACAUCUGUGAGUGUGGGAUGUAAGUGAUUAUGUGCAGAGUAAGAAAUAAUUGUAACACAUUAAAUUAAUUUUGAAUGAAUGAAUGUAUAAGGGGUGGGACUUCUUGGUCCUUGCACUGCAACCACAGUGAUCUAUUGUGCCUCCCCUUCUGAUUAUCUCCACAGCAAUCCUGCACUUUGAAUGAAGCACAGGUUUUUGUGUGUGGGGGCUUUGAAAUAGUCACUUGGUUCCAUAAAAUAUUGACCCAAGUGACGAAAUCUUAAUUAAUUUUAAUCUUUCCAUUUACUUGAUAUUCAAGUGUAUGUAGUACAAAUAAUAAUAAAAUGUUUACAGUAUUUAUAG